CUUUGCUACCCUAAAAACCUUCAAGGUCGAUUAUCUUAUUCUUAUCUCGUAUGAACACAGAUUGACGAUACAAAAUUCUUCGUCCUUUUCCAUGAAAAUUUGCGAACAUUUUAGCUUUAGUUUACAAGCAAAGUUCUCAACAUAAUUCGAAAGUAUUGAUGUUAACUGUUUAGUGCUAAUUCGUGUAUCGUCUUCUUUGGUUUAUGAUUAGAUUACAGACUUCAUUGUACAAUAAUUUCCGUUCUGAAUCGAUCGCAUUCCGAAGAUUAUCUUAUUUUAGGGCUAGGAGUUCGAAGAAGGAUUCGCGAAAAAUGGCACCUCCAAUCCUAUCUUUAGCUUUACCAUCGGAAACGGGUCGGGUUCUCAGCAUUCAGUCUCACACUGUUCAGGGUUAUGUUGGCAAUAAAUCUGCUGUCUUUCCACUCCAAUUACUAGGUUAUGAUGUUGAUCCGAUUAUGUCAGUGCAAUUCUCAAAUCAUACAGGAUACCCAACUUUCAAAGGACAAGUUCUAAAUGGAAAACAACUUUGGGAGUUAAUAGAAGGCCUAGAAGCCAAUAAUCUACUACACUACACACAUCUAUUGACUGGUUACAUUGGUUCAGUUUCUUUUCUGGAAAAUGUAUUAGAAGUAGUUAAAAAGCUUCGAUCCAUUAAUCCUAAUCUUACAUAUGUUUGUGAUCCAGUGAUGGGUGAUGAAGGAAAGUUGUAUGUCCCUCAAGAAUUGGUGUCAGUAUAUCGUGAAAAGGUUGUCCCUAUUGCUUCAAUGUUGACUCCCAAUCAGUUUGAAGCUGAACAGUUGACUGGAUUCAAAAUUGCAUCUGAGAAAGAUGGAAGGGAAGCAUGCAGGCAUCUUCAUGCUGCUGGCCCAUCAAAGGUUGUGAUAACAAGCAUAUCCAUAGAUGGCAAUCUUCUUCUAAUUGGAAGUCAUCAGAAACAAAAGGAUCAAUCUCCUCUCCAAUUCAAGAUUGUUAUCCCUAAAAUCCCUGCAUAUUUCACAGGAACAGGAGACUUGAUGACUGCAUUAUUACUUGGAUGGAGCAAUAAAUAUCCUGAAAACCUAGACAAAGCAGCAGAACUUGCUGUAUCAAGCUUACAAGCUGUUUUGAGUCGAACAUUAGAGGAUUAUGAGAAGGCAGGGUAUGAUCCACAGUCAAGCAGCUUGGAGAUUAGAUUGAUUCAAAGUCAAGAUGAUAUUCGAAACCCACAAAUUAAAUAUAUUUCUCAGUUAUAUGAUUAAAUGCAUAUAUGUACAAUUAUUAAUUUUCAAAUGUUUUAUGUUUAAUCAAACUAGAAUUUUUAGAUAAUUUGUGAUUUAAGUACAAAGUAUUGUGUCGAAUCUUAGAGUAAUGUUAUGCCUCACUCCAACUUAGAUA